GUUAUGACCGCCGACGGGAAGAGACCCUGUAGCUCCCGCUCCCCUCACUCGCGCUCUCUCUCGCUCCCCUCACUCUCCCACCGUGCCUUCACCUUCUCCACGCCUCCUCUGCUCCCCUCUCACUCUACGGCACAGCUACCCCUCUUUCUCUCCACCCAAGGGGAGAGUUCCGCGACCGAGUAAGGGGAAAUAAACAGUGAAUUUAAGAGGUGGUAGUGAAGGCGUGGGAGGUGAGCUAGCAGAGGCCUGGUAGCAGCGUCUGGGGGCCUCACCACCAUCAAUCUUGUUGUUGUCGAAUUGUGACACUCAACCUCCAGCCUCCCCUGUGCCUCCUGCCCGCAUUAUCCCGUUUAAUAAUUCGUGGCAGAAUACUGGAACGCUAUAUUGAUGUGUGUCGCGACCAGCAGACGGUGUGUGUAUCACUGGUGAGUGUAGAGGGAGGGUGUAGUAUACAGAACACUCCAAGAAACUGUGGUCAGGCGGUGGUUGGUGGACCUUCGCCACAGCAACCAUCUGACACCAGGAGCCAGCGUGGGCCUACCCGACAGUGGGGUGAUCGCCGACAGAGGAGACUCGACGGAGGUCUCCAGAGGGGGGAGAUCAGGUGACGCCAGGAGACGACGUGAGUGAACAAUGAUGCAAGAAGAAAAGGCGUGGUGACCACCCGCAGAUGGUCGAGGAGAUGAAGAUGUUGACGGGCGUGAAGUGGGCGGCGGUGCGAUGUAUAGUGUUGUUGGUGGCGUGUGUGGGCAUAGUACGGGCCACGGGCGGGGACAUCUUCUACUUCAGCUCAUGGCCGGCCAGUGGGCGUGUGGGCGCGGGCGAGGAGCGGGUGUUGAGGUGUGCCGUUUCCGAUACCACCAGCAUCAGCCUCGCCUGGCACCUGGACGGCCGCCUACUCACCUACACCUCCAGAAGGCACCUCAGAGGCGGCCAGCGGGUGGAGACUGCCUCGGACCUGGUGAUCAGGAGGGCGGUGCCAGAGGACCAGGGGGAGUAUAACUGCAUCGCCCACAACACAACCUCCGGCUUCGCUCUGACCUCCCUCCCCGCCACCCUCACCGUCCUCUGGGUGGCUGAGGAAUCGCGGGUGGUGCUGGCUGACCCCAAGGAUCUGUCCACCGUGAGGCCCGGCAGCUCCCUCAAACUCAGGUGUCGCGUCGACGGAGGACCUGAACUUUACUACAGCUGGCGGAGGAACGGGGAGGCGUUGGCAGAGGUGGCGGGGUUCACAUUAUCACGCCGGAAGCUUACAAUCAGCACCUUCGACGCCGCCUCCCACAACGGCGUGUACACCUGUGCUGCCACCAUCUACAAGCAUAGCGGCGCCCUCCACCAGUCUGUGAGACCCGCCUACCUCACCUCCACCACCGCCCACAUCCCCUUCAUCCUCUCCAUACACGACACGGGCGUGCCGAGCGUGGUGGUAGUGCCAGAGUCAGUGGUGGUAGGUCCUGGGAGGAGAGCUGCCCUACACUGCAGCUACGAGGACCACACCACCAUCCUCUGGUACCUACAGGAUAGUGGACCACUCACCAACACCUCCAGGCACCAGGUACUGACCAACGGUACGGUAGUGAUAUGGGCGGCCACCCUGGGAGACGAGGGCGUGUACAGGUGUGAGGGCGUGCACCCCUACCGCGCCCAUCGUGCCUCCUACGCUGCCUCCCUCACUCUGGCUUACCUGGACACCCACUCGCCGCCCGUGCUAGAGCCUGACGCCACUAUCCGCAACACACACGUCGUGGGCCUGGGCGGCCGCCUACGGGUCGUCUGCCUGCCGCCUGCCGGCCUUCCACACCCCCAGGUGUCCUGGGAGACACCUCAUCUGCUGGAGGAUUCCUCCUUCAGGGUGGAGGGUGCGGCGCUUCUGGUGGAGGAUGCCACUUUUGCCCAGGCUGGCAACUACACCUGUGUAGCCUCCAACCUUGCCGGCAACACCUCCGUUUCUCUCCAGCUGGUCGUGACACGUAAGCCGGAGGCGCAGUUGGUGACGUCGAGAGUGUCUGUGCUGGAGGAAGAGACUGCUCGCCUUGAGUGCCGCGUUGAUGCUUCCCCCAGGCCCUUCACCAACGUUUCCUGGAUCCGCAACAACAACCCGGUAAGUGUUGAUGACUAUCGCGUGAUGGUGACAGGGAUGGAGGACGAGAUGACGGAGGGGGUGUCGGUGUUGAGGAUCAGGUGGGUCCGCCUGCAGGAUGAGGGACUGUAUGCCUGUGUUGUCAUUACUGCCGGGCACCCCCCACUCCAGACCCCACCUAUCAAACUUACCGUCACAGAAAGGCUCAAGUUCGCCCCACUGCCUCAUGACGUCCGGGUGGAGGUAGGGGCCAAUAUCAGUAUUCCUUGUGAGGCACGAGGCGCUGACUCCCCCAUCAUCACCUGGCAUCAUGUCUCUGCAAAUAAGCUGGUGGAUGUGGGGAAGAAGGAGAACAUGCUGAGUGUUGAUGGAAGGCUGGAGGUGGCAGGGGCCGAGCUGAAGGACAGUGGGCAGUAUAUGUGUGUGGCUGCUUCCAUCCAGGGCUCCAUCAACACCACCAUCUCUCUCACUGUCAUCGAGAGCCCCGUGCUGGAGUGGGUGACUCAGGGCCCAGUGCAGGUGGACAAGGGUGGUACGCUGGUGCUGGAGUGCCAUGCCAGGGGCAGCCCAAGACCCUCCAUCCACUGGGACUACAACCACACCACCAAUGCCUUAGACCUCGAGAGGGUGGAAGUGCAUGGUAACGGGACGCUGCAGUUGACAGGAGUACGACAGGAAGAUGGUGGUGUGUAUGGCUGCACUGCUGGUAACAUGGGUGGCCUCGUCAGGGCUGAGAUCUCCGUCACCAUCACAGGGGAGAGUUCACAGCUGCUGGGGCGCACUGUGGGCGUGGCUGUGGGCGGUGCGGCAGCCUAUAUGGCCUUGGUGGGCGCCAUGCUUAUAUACUGCAGACAGCGGCGACAGAGGCUGAAGCACACCCCUCAACACAUCCGAGCUGAUGUGCCUCUUCCCCCUGUGGAGGUUCCUGAGCUCCAUUCUCUUCAUAGAGAAGCAGGCCCAGGAUUAGCACUUCAUGCAGUUUAUGCUUCACCCAGACAUGCAGGUGAUGGGAACGAAGAAGCUCAGAACCCCGAGGAGCAGGAGAAGCUGGUGUACUCUGCCCCGCCGGGAGGUUCUGGGGACCAGGACACCCGGGAUGUGGGUACGGGCACCACCAUAACAGGCAGCAGGAUGGAUACCUCGUGCCAGGUACAGCUCUCCCAGGUGUCCACACACACCUUGGGUACCUCCACACACUUGGGGCUGUCCCAGGCAUCCACCAGGACCUUAGGAGGAUCAUCCAUUUCCACUCAACACUCAUCUCCGCUACAGCCUAAUUCUUCUCCUUCAGCGCAGAGUGCCAUUCACGCUGGUCCUAGCGAGAAUAUGUAUGUUAAACCCGAGUCUAACCAUGCAGGCAACCCACUGAGCCAUGAUAACUCUAUUAUACAGAGGGAAAAUCUUCAGGUGCUUCUUACUUUAGGUCGUGGAGAGUUUGGUGAUGUACAGUUAGCAAGGCUGAGGACCUCCUCAGAGGAGUGUGACGGGGAGGACGCACCUCCUGACCCGGAGGCUCUCGUCAUGGUCAAGGUGGUGAGCACGAGAGACGAGGCACUACUGGCGGAGGUGUGUAGAGAGGCAGCAAUGUUUGGUGGACCUUCACACAUCAAUGUGGUCACCACCCUUGGUCUUUGCACCUCCCACACACCUCACCUCCUCGUCACACAAUACACUGACUGGGGUGACAUGAAGCAGUUCCUGUUAGCAACAAGGAAGGAGUCACCUCGACCCCUGGGCAGCCUUCGACCACCACCUCUCACACACACCCAGUGCCUCAAUCUCUCACUACAGGUAGCUGAGGGUCUGGAGUACCUGAGUGGUCGGCGACACACCCAUAGGGACGUGGCAGCCCGUAACUGUCUCAUAACGUCAACACUACAGGUUAAGCUAGCCUCCCCAGCCCUCACCCGUGAUGCAUACGCUGCUGAGUACUGCACCUACAGGAACCAGGUGCUGCCAGUAAGAUGGCUGGCACAAGAGGCUCUGAUGGAGGAGGAAUACAGCAUGAAGAGCUCAGUGUUUUCAUGGGCGUGGCUGGUGUGGGAGGUGCUUACUCAGGCAGCAAUACCACACUCCCAUCUCUCCGAUCACCAGGUAAUUGCCAGUUCAGAGCGGGGAGAGCUGGAGUGUACGGCACCUCCCAGGACGCCGGCUGACCUAGAGAGCCUCCUUGCUGGGUGCUGGCAGCUGUCUCCUAAGGCCCGCCCAUCUAUACACACUGUGGUUGACACCCUCAAGGCCAUGACGUGAUCCCCUGCCGCGCUCUACACAGAUUAGUAUUACAUUCUGGAGUGACACUAACAUUGUGUGGUAGUACUAAAACCCUGCACACUGACCAGUAGCACUAAACCUUUCACAGUGUAAACAACUUAAGCCUUUAACACAGUCUAAUGUGUAGUAAAACCCCUGAAUAACGGACUGUAUGCGAGAGAGCCUUUAUGUGAAUGGGGAAAUUUCAUUACAUGUACUCCAAAUAAUUGUAUUAUAUCAAAAUGAAACUAGAAACUUUGUCAGAACUUGUUAUGUGGGUUUGAUAUAGUUUCUAAGGUCAUACUUAUAUAUAUAUAUAUGUUAUUGUUAGAACCACCUAAUAUACACAAGUGUUAUUGUUAUUACCUCAGCAUGAGAGAGCUGUGUCAGGCACCGUGGUGGUCUUGGUGAUGCUGGCCAUGGUACUAUACACUCAUCUGCCCUGCGAGCUCCUCCACCUCUGAGUCUGUUUAUCAUCAUUAUCAUCAUCAUUAUCAUCAACAUUGUUAAUAAUAUCUCUUUAGGGCAUUUAUGUUGAACCUUGAAAUUCCGGUCUACUGGAUUCCGUUAUUCCGGUGUUUUACUGUAAUAUUACCCUGUACAGUUUGACAUGGGGACCAAGUUAGAGUUUCUUUAAAAAAAAGUAACAGUUUAACCUGAGUUCUUUGCUAGAUUUGAAUGUGUGUGUUUACAUUCCAGUAACUAAUGAUGUACCAAUUAUUGGAAGUAUUUACAAGACAGUGAGAGUUUUAGGGACCUGAAGUUAGGCUUAAUAUUGUCGGUAACUCUGCUACCACAUGCCAGGGAAGGUGUUGUUGUAGUCGUGUGGAAUUACAGGUACACCUAAUUAAUUAUGCCAGAGUGAAACCAACAGGUAAAAUAUCUAGGGUAAGAACGAGAGGGAGAAUGAGAGUAAGAGCAAGGUAGAUUGAGAGAACCAAGGAAAUUAAUAACUAAACUUGCUAAAGGGACAGUAAGGUCAGGAGUUAAAAUACAGAUAUAAUGUGUCAAAUGCAAAAACCUAUAAAGUGGAUGGCUGUAAGAAGCAAUUGAAGAUGAUUGUUUUAAGAAUUAGAAGUUACUGGAUGUUAAAGCAACAACCAUAUCUAAUACAGAUGGUUGUAAGAGAUGAGAAACUAAUAUAAGGAGAGUCGAGUUAAGGUUACCAGGGUAGUGAAUGAGGCUUGGUUGGGGAAGACACCUGGGAUAAUUUUUUAUUUAUUUUUUCUUGAAGUGUGGGGUUGUAGUUUGAAGGAUGAUGAUGAUUGAGGGGGAUUUGGUAUUGUGAUUAGGUGGAAUAUGAAAUACCGGUAAUUAUGACUACGGUGGCUUAGAUGUGCGGCGAAGAUAAUUACAUUGUUUGUAAAGGGAGGCAAGCUGAAGUGUAGGGCACGGGAGGUGAGAGAAUGAACUGAGCCAUAGCACGGGUGACAGAAGGUGUUUCAUUAGCGGCCUCAACAAGUGUGUACAGGUGUAUCAAGGAUAGCUACUAUAAUAUACUGCAUUUGAUAGUAUAUACUGACCAGGUUUCAAUUAUUAGGAGAAAUAUAGUAGUUUUCUUUUUAUGUGGGAGAUAUAUGCUGUCAACCCCAGGUCAGUUUUGGAUCACUCUUGUUCUUUUUGGUCAUUUGAGGUCAGGAGAAAAUCGUCAACUGCAAUGUUUACCACUAUAAGGUGUACAGUGCCACCCCCACACCCUGUUUGUGAGUCACAUGAUAUGUAAGUGAUACCUCUUAGAGUGAGUAACUUAUCAUUGCCUUAUAUGACUACUUCAUAUGUAUUAUUCCAGAACACAGUAAUGUUUACUGUCGUACUGGAUAAACCUUUCUUUAGUGAAGAAGCGAUGGUGAUAAUAUUCCCGGUCAUAUUGACUUCUUAGUAGAACUGCUGCUUGUUUUCAUGUUAAGGACAAGUUUGCUUGUGUACAGCUUGGCUGAUUCUGUUGUACACAAAAUAGGUGACAUUUAGAACUGUUUAUCUUUAACUUUAGUUAGUGCAGUAAAUAUGUGAUACUCUCAUCUGUAAACUUUAGAAUAGUGAUACUCACAUCUCCUGAAGUAAGAAGAACAGCAUGUGGGUUACUUAUGACUAACAAACUAUAGUAGUACAGAAAUCACGUGCUUGACAUUAUCUGAAUUUAUACCGAGUAAGAUGUUUGGGUUUUCAUGAAUCAUAUUUUCAGCUUGAUAUAAAGCUCUUAUUAAUUGCAUUCUAAGAUAGAAAUUACUUUUCUUCAACCUUGAAUGUGAUCUCAUAUUGCUCAACAGUUUGUAUGUGUAAAUAAGAGGAGAAUGAUGAACCUGUAGCAGCUCUAAGUUAAUCAAAAACACUAAGAUGAAGCUCCUCAAGGUAUUUUUAUGGAGCAAGAAAAUACUUAUUAAAUUCCCACAACAUCAAGCAGUAUAAAGGUGAUAAUCUUUUUAUGUUAACUUGUGUGACGUGGCACAGGUGUAUUGUGGGUAGUGGUCAGAGGUGAUCGUGAUAGUUGAUACGUAAUACUUAUGGCUGGUGACUCCCUGGAUCACUGCCCCGGGCCUCACCUUACCACAAGGUCGCCUUACUUACUGGGAAAUGGUUUCAGUAUGUGUAAGAAACAUCAAGAAGAGUUUUCUCACUUGAAUGGGCAUCAAAAAGUUCCAAAGUCUCUGUACAUAUACAUAUUAAUGUUUUGUUAACUUUACUCAUACAGGUUCAUUAUGUAAAUAGAUUACCUGCUUGUUAUUGACGACACUUGGUCAUCAUUACUUCAACACUUGAGAUAAUAAUAACAAUCAUGAUAACAUUACUAAUAUUAAUAGAGUUUGUUGACUGUCAAACUUAUAAAGUACCAAGAUAAUAGUGGUGUGCAACAUGGACUGGUAGCUUCAUUACUUUGUGUUGUGUUUCUGUCGAGUUUUGGUGUCAAGUAACUGAGGAGCAAACUAAGGUGCAAAACUCUAAAUCUUGAACAGAGGUGAGUUUACCUACAUUCUAUAACAGGUGCUGAAAUUGAAGUAAAUAUCUGUUCUUUAAGGUGUGUUCAUAACUUCCUGUCUGGUCAGGAUCUGUGAUGGAGGUGAUAAUCCCUAAAUACAGUAUUCUUAUGUUGGUUGGGAUGUAUUGAUUUAAUAGAAAUACUGUAUGUCAUUUAACACAAAUUAACUCCAUCUUACUGCUGCUGUACUGUGUUACUAACUCCUAGGGACCCCUAUUAUUAUUAUUAUUACUACAGUAUUAUUAUUAUUAUUAUUAUUAUGAAUGCUUCACCUAAGAUUUAUUAAAGUUUAUAUUAUGUUUUAUUUAGCCUCUAUUUAACAGCUUUCUUUUUCAGAUACAGUAUAUUAUUGGUUUACAAUAGGACUUGCUUAAGGAAGUGCGUGAAGAACAUGUUCUUACAUGGUUCAUGUAUGAAAUAAAAGUCUAAGAAAC